AUGCUUCUCCGCGCUUCUACGAUUCUCCUGGGUCUGGGGGUGCUAUCUGACGCUCUCACCACACGUCAGGCCGCCGACGAGUACGACUAUAUCGUGAUAGGUUCUGGGCCUGGGGGAGGAAUAGUCGCUUCCAAUGUAGCUCGGGCUGGCUAUUCCGUCUUGCUUUUGGAGGCUGGUGACAACGCGGCCGAAGAACCCUUUGGUGCCUAUCCAGCCUCGUCAACAUGGGACUUCUUCGUCAAGCACCACGAAGAGGAAGCCAAAACUAUGAAGUUCAGGUUCCUGACCUGGCGAACAACUGCUGGCCAGUACUGGGUUGGGAACUCCGGCCAGCCAUCCGGAGCGAAGUUGCUUGGGGUCUACUACCCACGAGGGGCGACUGUCGGGGGCUCAUCCAUGAUUAAUGCCAUGGUGACAUACCUGCCUCCCGACAGCGACUGGGAUUAUAUUGCAAACUUGACCGGAGACACGUCCUGGAGUGGUUCAUCCAUGAGGACUCUCUUCCAAAACAUCGAGCAUAACAACUACCUCCCAAAAGGCACAGCUGGUCACGGCUUCGAUGGCUGGUUCCAAACCAACUCGCAGGCUGGGUUCGCGCAAAACACCAUGAUCAGUGCCGACCCCAACUUCCUCGCGGCCGACCGCGACAAACAAGUGGGCAUUUGGGGACUCGCCUCCCACCAGAAUGCCCAAGGCCAGCGCUUCAGCUCUCGUCACCGUGUGCAAGAGACUCUGAACAACAAAGAAUGGCCUUUGACUCUAAAGAUGAACGCUCUGGCCACCAAGAUCCUGUUUGACACAAACUCCACCGCCUGCGGUGGUGUUCCCAAGGCAACUGGCGUCGAGUACCUCACAGGCCAGUCGGUCUACAAGGCAGACCCGCGCAACAGUGGUGCAGCCGGCACCAAAGCCACAGCCCGGGCACGCAAGGAAGUCAUCGUAUCAGGGGGCACUUUCAACACCCCACAGCUCCUCCAACUCUCCGGUAUUGGCCCCGCGUCUCUGCUGGAGUCUCUCAAAAUUCCCGUGCUCGUCGACUCUCCCGGCGUCGGCGCCAACCUCCAGGACAACCAGGAGAUGCCGGUGGUCGGACGCUCCAAGAACGGCCAGGGCUCCGGUGCAGGCUACACAUUCAUCAAGACGAACCACACACAGAACGACGAGCGCGACGUCUGGAUGAUGCACGGCGCCCCAUUCCGCGGAUUCUGGCCACCAGCUAACCGUCUCAGCAACCGUCCCGGGCCACAGGACGCAGCGGGAACACUCAGCAUGAGCAUGGUCAAGCAGCACGUUGCCAACCGCGCCGGCUCGGUCAGGAUCGUCAGCACGGACCCCAGGGACCCACCGGACAUCAACUUCCGGCUCUACACGCAGGGCCGCGAGCAGGACAUGGGCGCAGUCAAGGAUUACGUCGCGUGGGCACGCCGCGUACACAAGGCGACCGCCGCGCCUGUUGGCCCCAUCACGACCAUCGAGCCCCCAUGCCCCAGCGGCGAGGACGCCAACGGUAGCUGCGGUAAGGCGGAUGAGGACUGGAUCGAGGGCCAGACCUUUGGGCACCACUGCACCAGCACGGCGGCGAUCGGUGCUGAGGGAGACAAGAAUGCUGUGCUUGACUCCAAGUUCAGGGUCCGCGGUGUCAAGGGGCUCCGUGUCGCUGAUGCUAGCGUGUUCCCCAAGAUCCCGGGCAUCUUCCCUGCGGUGUCGACGUUUAUGGUUGGGCAGAAGGCUGGCGAGGCUGUGAUUGCUGACGCCACUGCCGAUCAGUGCUGA